AUGCCAUCCCACAAGACCUUCAUGAUAAAGAAAAAGCUGGUGAAGAAGCAGAGACAGAACAGGCCCAUCCCUUAUUGGAUCCGCAUGCGCAUUGACAACACCAUCCGCUACAACGCCAAGCGCCGCCACUGGCGCCGCACCAAGCUCGGCUUCUAAAUCUUCUGCGUCCGCCGUCACCAUCAUGUUACUUGUAUUUGUCUCGAGCUUUUUUACUUC